GUCCAGAAUGCAGUAUGAUGUUCAUAUUAACUGAGGAUCCAACUGAACAUAAGUGUUUCACACUUUGUAGCAUUGUUGAGGACUACCGAAAAUCCAUUCAACAAUAACCUCAAUCAAUUAUUUCUGGUAGCUGCGGAAGGAAUUUUGGACCAUUCUUCCUUACAGAACUGCUUCAGCUCAGCCAUAUUCUUAAGAUGUCUGGUGUGAACGGAUCUCUUGAGGUCUACCACAGCAUCUCUUUUGGGUUAAGUUCUGGACUCUGACUGGGCCACUCCAAAAGGUUGAUUUUCUUUUUUUUGAAGCCAUUCUGUAGUGGAUUUACUUAGAUGUUUAAGGACAUUGUCCUGCUGCAUCACCCAGCUUCUACUAAGUUUCAGCUGGCACACAGCCACCCUGACAUUUUCCUGCAGGAUAUGUCAGUAAACUUUGAAAUAUUUUUUCCCUCGAAGAUGGCAAGCGGUCCAGGCCCCGAAGAAGCAAAGCAGCCCCAAAUCAUGAUGCUCCCUCCACCGUACUUCACCGCUGGGAUGAUGUUUUCAUGUUAGUAUGCGGUGCCCUUUUUACACCAUACAUAGUGUUGCGUGUAUUCAAACAACUCAACCUUAGUGUCAUCAGUCCACAAAACAUUUUCCCAGUAGCGUUGUGGAGUGUCAGUGUGGUCUUUGGCAAACUUCAGGUAUGCAGCAAUGUUUUUGUUGGAAAGCAGCGGCUUCCUUCCUGCCCGUUUAAUGUUUUUCAUAUAGUAUAUUCAAGAACAGAGAUGUUCACCAGUUCCAAUGAUUCCUUCAAGUCUUUAGCUGUCACUCUAUGGUUCUUUUUGACCUCAUUGAGCAUUCUGCCGUGUGCCCUUUGAGUCAUCUUGGCUGGAUGGCUACUUCUAGGGAGAGUAGACACCAUAAUAAAUCAUCUCUAUUUAUAGACAAUUUGUCUAACUGAUAUUCAUUGACAGAUGAAUAUCUAAGAUCUUCAAGAUAACUUUGUAACCCUUUCCAGCUUUAUGCAAAGCAACAAUUCUUGAUCGUUGGUCUUUUGAGAUCUCUUUUUUGCGAGGCAUGGUCCACGUCAGAAGAUGCUUCCUGUGAAUAGCAAACUAAAAAUGUUUGAGUGCUUUUUAUAAGUUAAAGUAGCUCUAACCCACACCUCCAAUAUAGUUUCAUUAAUUGAAUGCCAGGUUUGAUAGCUCCUGACUCUAAUUAGCUUUUGUUUACAUUAUUAGCUUAGGGGUUCACUUGCACUGUGAAUGUUUGAAUGAUGUAUUCAAUAUGUAGAAGAAGAAUACAAUCAUUUGUAUGUUAUUAGUUAAAACAGAUUGUGUUUUUUCAUUAUUGUAAGUUAGAUGAAGAUCAAACCAGAUUUUAAGACAGAUCCAGUUUUAUGAUAUCGUGUUUGUUCUGUAAUGAAUUAUAACUAAUUGAGUGAAUAAUGAACUACUUUGAUUCAUUUCCACUCAGGAUGCAGGUGCUGCUGUUGUAAAUUGCUGUAUAUGUCAUACGGAAGGGAAAAUUAAAGAGGCAGUGAAGACGUGUUUGAUGUGUGAGUUAUCUCUGUGUGAUGAGCAUGUUCACCAGCAUCGUGAGGUCUUUCAGGAACACUUGCUGGUAGAGCCACCUAUGAACCCUGACUUGAGUGAAAUUAAAUGCAUGAAUCACACUAAUCUGGUCCUGAAAUACAACAGCCCUUUGUCCAACACAAGCACCUGCAAUACUUGUGCAUUAGAGAGAAAGUGGAUGGACCAAAUUAAAGAAAACUUAAAUUACCUGGGAGAACGAUUUGAGAAUUACAUCAAGAGCCAACAUAGGGGUCUUGAAAAGAUAGUAGAUAACAGUCACGACGUUCUCAAGUCUCAUACAGAUUUUCUCAGAGCAAACAAUGUCCCAAACCAAAAGACUGAUGAUGUCGCUUUUGGAGCUGUUGCUAUAAUUCUGCUCUUAAGUUGCUUUUGUGUGCUCAGUAUGUAUAUCGAAAACAACAAGAUCAGAAGCACUGUACUAACUCAAAGAACACAACUGCAAGAGCUCUUCCAUUACCUCUCUGAUGCUGAAUGUUUUGAUCCAUCUACAUCAUCAUCAACCAACAAAGUGCACAGCCCAAGCCCUCAAUUGAUGAAUUUUUUGACCCUUGAUUUGGACUCUUCAAGCCCCUUUCUCAAAGUAUCUCCGGAUCUCAUGUCUGUGGAGCGAGUUGAUCAUAAACUCCCCCUACCCUCACAUCCAUCCCGUUUCAGAGAGACCCCUCAGAUCCUAACCCAUCAAUGCUUUUCCUAUGGGAGGCACUACUGGGAAGUGAUUCCUGAGGGAGUCUGGGACGUCGCUGUGUCCUACAAAAGCAUUAAACGGAACGUCAGGGACUUCUUUGGAUAUAACAAGAACUCUUGGAGUCUCACGAGAAAGGGCAACGGUUCUCUUGUUGUCUACCACAAUAGGACACAGACUAUGGUUUCCAGGUCCUUGGACUAUCAGAAGGUUGCAAUAGCUAUUGAUUUCCAAGAGAGGUCCAUCACCUUCUCAGAGGUUGGGAAACAAAUCAACCUGUUGCACAAGUUCAGAUCCCAGCUCACUCAACCUGUUUGCCUUGGCUUUGGAUUGUACAAAUCAAAUCCGCCAAGCAGAAUAACCAUUGUUAAAAAAAUCCCCUUUCCAAUGGCUGUUUGAAAAGCAUAAUAUGGGUGUUUCAUUGUUCUUGGUAAUCUCUCUUGCCCAAACAAAUAAAUGCUUAGAGAUGAUUAAAUUAUUUAGACAAUGCAUUUUGUUAAAUGAUUUAGUCUUCGGAAGACUUUGAUUAAUAAUAAUAGUAAAAAUAAUAAAAAAAUUAAUUAAAAAAAUGGUUACUGUUGGUACAAAUCUACAAAGAUUUUCAGAAGUCACUUUGACAAAACAAAUUAAACAAAUUAAAGGAAUUGUUCACCCAAAUUUUAAGUUCUCUCAUUAGCUACUCACCCUCAUGCCAUCCCAGAUGUGUAUAACUUUCUUCUGCUGAACACAAACUAAGAUUUUUAGAA